AUGGAUAUGAUUCAGCUAUCAAAGAAAGAUUUGAAAUUUUAUAGACAAAGAUUGAUAAUGAUCAUUAAGAAUAUAUGUGAGAAUUGUGGUAUAUUAAAAGAAAUACAUUAUGUAGAAUUUGAUAUUCCUAUUAUAGAGCUUUUGAGAAACAAGGUAAACGAAGAUACGAUGAUACUUUUUUUGAACGUGAAUAAUCUACCUAAAGGAAAUGACGUUUAUUUGUUUGAUGAAUCAAAACCUGUACGAACACUGGGUGUGAAUACUAGGUAUACUUCUUUAGGAUUAAAGAUCAAUUAUGCUAAUGUGCGCAAUUUACUGAUUACAUGUCUACGUAUUGAUAUUGAAGAGUUAAAAAAAUAUGUAAAUUUAAGACAAGUUUGGGUUUCGAUGUGUAGGUAUGUCGAACGUUUAUUUGAACUUCCGGUUAAGGUGAUAAGAAUACAUAAUUACACUUAUAGAGCAAGUAUUCUGUUAGAAUUUAUUCCUAGAUUAUGUAAUCGAAAAAUUGUUGUAAUAACAAAUACUUUUAGGAGGUUUAAAUAUUCGUACCAAACAGAUAAAUUAGAUGAUGUCAAAAAAUGUAUAGAUAAAUUAUCUAAUAUGCCUUUGAAUUCAUUUUUUAUAGAUAUGAGUUUCAGAUUUGUAUAUGUUAAUAAGAACGGAAUUGUUAUGUAUAAUUUAUAUAAUCAAUAUUUUGAUCGAGAUACUGUUUAA